AUGAGCGACACAAAGACCUCGAAAGCCCAAAAUCUCGCUCGAAUCCGGGACAAUCAACGCCGAUCUCGUGCGCGCCGUAAAGAGUAUCUACAUGAACUCGAAGCCAAGCUCCGUCAAUGUGAGCAAAUGGGCGUUGAAGCCUCCACAGAGAUCCAAAGCGCUGCAAGAAAGGUCUUGGAAGAGAACCGAAGGCUGCGAGCCAUGCUCCGUACGAGAGGUGUGCCCGAAAUUGAGAUUGUCGCCGCUUUAGGUCACGACAAGUCAUUCGAGAAUGCCUCUGCAGCUACUACUCUGAUGUCGGCUCUUGAGCGCAAGCGGACCGCCGUCACCAGUGAUCCACAUGUCUCGGAGACAAAACCUAUCAUCUCUUCAGACUCAACAAUAGCGACCCAGCAGGUCUCGACGACGCUUACGCCGAUCUCAAUUCCCUCUCAGCCUGCUUCCACGAAUACGAUCCAUGAGACUCAAAGCCCUUUGUCUGUAGAGUCGAACAACGAUAGUCCGCCACCUUUCAACGGUGCGCCUUACUAUCCUAUGGAAAUGACUUCGGUUCCUCACAUCAAGACAGAACCACAGCUUGGUUAUUCCUUUGACCACAACUCCAAUAAUCCAUGGCUUUUCCCAAGUGAGCCAACAUACCUUACGGAUCCCGCCAGUUAUUACAACACAGCCUCAUGCAUUGAUGCCGCAAAUAUCAUACGCACGAUGGGUCAUGAUAUAGGCGGCGAGCUUGGGGUUGAUCUACAAUACCAGGACCAUACUCAAGGGUCCAAUGUUCUCAACCCCUCAGUAUACAACACAAUGGAAAGGUAUACCGCCAACGGCCAAAUCAGAAUGUGA